UUCUCGUUCAUGGCUGCUGUGUCCAAAGUGUGUCCGAGUGUCUUUCUGUCCGAAGACUAGGAAUGUCUGGAUCUGUGGCUUCGGCUGGCCAAGGGACCGUUACAGAAGCUCUGCCAAGGAGCUAACUGUAUGGUGUUUUGAGUGGAGAAUUUAGGACCAAGCCAUGAAUAGACUCGCACUCUCAUGACUCUACACUAGUCUCCUUCUCUCAAGUGUCUCUCCGAUAUCACCCGUGCAUUGCCAAGGGCAAAACCAAAAACAAGCAACUGACAGACAUCAUGAGUGAAUAUGUGGAUUUGGUGUCGUUUGAGGAUGUCACUGUGAACUUCACCUGGGAGGAGUGGCAGAAUCUCAAUGACACUCAGAGGAUGCUGUACAGGAACGUGAUGCUGGAGACCUACAGCAGCCUGCUGUCACUGGGGCAGUGCAUCCCUAAACCUGAGUUGAUCUUCAAAUUGGAACAGGGGGCGGAGCCCUGGACAGCAGAAGACCCUGCAAACCACAGUGUGCCAGGCUUCUGCACUGUGGAUGGUACAAUUGAGACCAACAAGAAGAGUCAAAAGAAACAUCUGUGGCGAGUCACUGCCAACAGCCCCAAUGGAGCAACCGAGGAGACAGGUGGAUUAGAAAACAUGCUUUAUUUAUGCUCCAUGAACAUUUCAAAUUUUGUUGUAAAUAAUAGAAACUGUUCAGGAGUGAAGUCUGAGAGGUUGAAUGGAUAUCAGAAUACAUGUCUUGCUUCUGAUCCCAAUGGAGUGUGUACUGCAGAGAAAUACAAUGACUGUUGUGCAGCAGGGAAAUCCCUCAGAUGUCCUGAGCAGUUUGGUCAACAUUCCAAGGUUCAAACUGGACAGCAGGAUCUUGAAUAUAGUGGAGAAGGGAAAGACGCAAAGGAGGCAAAACUCUUGAAAAAAAUUACUUCAUCUGUGAGACUUAAGAUGGAACUGAGCUCCUGUAAGCAUAAUGAAUGUGAGCAAGUUUCUGCUAAGUCAGAUGUCGUGGCUGAGGUAGGGAAGGCCAGUUUCAGGAAAAAAUGUAACCCCACUAAACAUCAAGCACCAUACUCAGGGAGCAAAUCUUGUAAAUGCCUUGAAAGUAAGAAAACCUUUACUAGCAAGUUGGACCUUACAGUUCAUCAGGGGACACACAACCCGAGAAAAGCCCAUGUGUGUAUCCAGUGUGAGAAAGCCUUUAGCACUCACUCUUCCCUGACUAUUCAUCAGAGAAUUCACACAGGAGAAAAGCCCUAUGGAUGCAGUGAGUGUGAUAAAACCUUCCGGCAAAAGUCAGCCCUCAUUGUCCAUGAGAGAACUCACACUGGGGAGAAACCCUUUGAAUGUCAGGAGUGUGGUAAAGCCUUCCAACAUAAGUGGUACCUCAAAAUGCACCAGAGAACUCACACUGGUGAGAAACCAUAUGAAUGCAAAGAAUGUGGAAGGGCCUUUCUGAAGAAGUCAUACCUCAAGAUGCAUCAGGGAACUCACAAGAGUGAGAAGCCAUAUGAAUGUGAAGAAUGUGGAAAAACCUUCCAUAACAGGUCAUACUUCAACAUGCAUCAUAGAACUCACACUGGUGAGAAGCCCUAUGCAUGCGCCGAGUGUGGGAAAGCCUUUUACCAAAAGUCAGACCUCAGGAGGCAUCAGAGGAUCCACAGCAGUGAGAAAUUACAUGAAUGCAAAGAAUGCGGAAAAGCUUUUCAAAAUAAAUCAUACCUCAAAACUCAUCAGAAAGUUCACACAGGUGAGAAACCAUAUGAAUGUAAAGAGUGUGGAAAAGCAUUUCAGAACAAGUCAUAUCUCAGCAAGCAUCAGAUAAUCCACACAGGCGAGAAGCCCUAUGAGUGCAGUAAAUGUGGGAAAACCUUUCAGUGGAAGUUGGUCCUCAGUAAGCAUCACAGAACCCACACUGGCGAGAAGCCCUACGAGUGCAUUCAGUGCGGGAAAGCGUUUGGCUACAGAUCAUCCCUUAUUGUACAUGAGUUGAUUCAUUCUGGGGAGAAACCCUAUGAGUGUAACGUAUGUAGAAAAACCUUUUCACAGAAAUCAAACCUGAGCAGGCACCAGAGAACUCACAGCCAUGGGGAGUUGUGAUGGUAAUGGGGACAGGAAGGCGUUUACCUCACACGUAAGCCCCAGAAUGCACCGAGUACUCCAAGAAUCCACUCAAGCAUGAGUAGUGCAGGUGUUCUUUCUGUAAGACAAAUCUCAGUUCAUAGGAGAGAGAGCA